CUCUCUCUCUCUCUCUCUAUUCCCAAACAAACUGUGUAAACCCAACCGAAACAUUAUUAAUACAUCACUCGAUCAAUCUUUUUUUCCAAUUAUUACGUACUUAUGGAAAAAUCAACCCCAGCAAUCAAAAACCCAAUAAAACCAGACACAGACACCCAUAGUGUCCAACUAAACUCAAGCUUUCUCUUACACAACGGCUUUACUCCAUCGAUUCAGCUUUCCGAUAUUGAGAUGAUAGCGAUACACUCUGUGACCUACACAAGCUUGAAGGACCUAUUACCUGCUUCGCCUCCGACGAUCUCGUCACCUACUCAACAUAACUCGAGCUGGAAUGAGAUUCCUAUCAAGAACCCAUUGGUUAAGCAAGCGGCUUUGGCUUACUUACAGCCAAUGUCCAGCCCGCCGGAGAUUGGAGAUAAAGGGCUGUUUGGGAGAUUGAGAGAUGCGUGUUAUGUUGAAUGUGGAUGCUUCGAAUGGUUUAACGACGUCGUAUUAAUGGGUAUAACAGAGAUCUUCGGGAAAGAAGAGAAGGUUGACUGAGAAGAAAGUGUGUGAUAUAUUUGUUUUGACUGGUAGAUAGAUUUUUGCGUAUAAUGGCACAAAUUGUAAAUUAUGAUUCUUUUCUCCUUUUUUUUUUAUUUUUAUUUUUAUUUUUUUGAAGGGUGAUGGUCUACAUAUGAGUACAGAGAGAUUUUUUUUCUUUUCUUUUUUUGUUUUUCAAUUAACAAUGAAUUUUAGGAGGACUAUGCCUUAUUGUAGUCAGCAAGGAAACGUUUUGCUAAUGGAAACCUAUACCCUUUUUAGAUAUAAUACUAAUUUCGUUUUGGGAUUGA